UGGAGCUUAAAAACUUGUGGACUUUAAGAGUUGUGUGUUGUAUUCCGCCAGUCACCGUUUACCGUUUAGCCUACCGUUCUCAAGUCACCUGUCGUUGAACUACCGUCGGUGAAAAUGCCUUUAGAACUGUAUUUGGAUCUUAUGUCGCAGCCAUGUCGGUCUGUGUAUAUAUUUGCCAAGAAAAAUAAUAUACCGUUUGAUUUCAAGCAAACUUCGCUGAUGAUGGGAGAUCAUCAUGGAGAAGAAUUUAAGAAGAUCAACAUGGUAAAGAAAGUGCCUGCAAUGCGAGAUGGAGAAUUUUGUUUGUCUGAAAGCAUCGCCAUGAUGAUGUAUAUGGUUGAGAAAUUCAAAACUCCAGACCACUGGUAUCCAGCUGAUUUGCAGAAACGGGCGCGGGUGAACGAGUACUUGAGUUGGCAGCACAUGGAAACGCGGACGCAUGGCUCCAAAAUAUUCUAUAUUAAUAUUAUGAUCCCAAAGAUCAUGGGGAAGGACAUUCCUCAGGACAAGAGGGAUGACGCCAUAGAGGACCUCAAUGGCACCCUCAAGAUGAUGGAGGAGAAGUUCCUGGGGGACAAGCCGUUCAUUGCUGGAGACCAGAUCUCCCUGGCGGAUCUGGUGGCAAUUGUGGAAAUCUACCAGCCCUUGGCUGCCGGCAUGGACGUGUUCGAGGGUAGGCCCAAACUCAAGGCCUGGAAGGAUCGGGUGCGCCAGGCGGUCGGGCCUGAGCUGUUCGACGAAGCUCACAAAGGCGUCAUGGGCGCCAUGGAGAUGGUCAAGGGAAUGGACGGCAGCAAGCUGGAGGCGAUCAAGCCCAAGAUUCAAAAGAUGUAUUUCUGAAACCAGCAUACAGUACAACAAAGAAAUAUUCAGAAUAAUGUCUAAUUAAAGUUAUACCUAUUUUGCUAUGUUUGUGUCGGAUAUUAGUGUUGUCUCUCGCUUAUUUUGGAUUAAUACACGAUCAUACACGUUUUGUUUACUCAUAUUUUUUACUUAAUGGACCAGAGAAAAACGGCUUCAUUUUAGUUAUUCAUCACGGCUAACAACCUGCUUUUUAGAUAUCAAUGUUCUGAAAUGUUCCUACUCACAAUA